GGGCAGGGCAGGGCAGGUCGGUGCUGCGGACGGGGCGGCUCCGGGGGGCGGCGGAGGCGCGGUCCGUUUUCAGCGGCCCGGUGCUGUUCCGUCCGGAGGGGUCGCGGCAGGUGCGCGCCGGCGAGGCCUCGCUGCGGGCUGCGGAGCGCGGGUGGGGCGGGGGGCGGCACCGCCGGGCCGGGCUGCGGUCGGGGGCUCGGCGCGGGCUGCGGGGCUCCGGGCCCGGCGGGCGGUGCUGCGCGGCCGCGGGGAGCGGCGGUCCCGGCCCGCUGCGUGCGGGCGGCGUUGGUACCGCCCCGUCCGCGCGCUCCGCCGGGCUGCGCCGUGGAUGUGUCCGCGUUCCCGUGGGCUCUCGGGGCCGCCGCCGCGAUGCCGCCCCUCCCCGUGGAGCGGAGAACGGCUCCGUCCGAGCGGGCCGUAUGGGAGGAGGAGCGGUGCCGGCCGUGCGGCUGUGCCGGCGGUGCGCGGUGGGAGCGCCCGGUUGGGGUCGGCCGAGGAGACGCCGCGGCCGCCCGGAGCAGCGCGGAGGGGAAGUUUACCUUUAUUUGUUAUCCGUGUUUAUGCUGUGAGCCGCCUCCCGCUGCCCGAAGAUGGGGGUUUAUCUCCGACUGAGGGAUAAUAUUUAUGUCAGCAGACUGAAUAACGCCGUCCUCGCGGUCUGCGGUCUGGCCGGGUGCGCUGCUCUGGUCGUGUCGCUGAAUGUUUUCAGGAUGAAUCUGGAAAAACUCAGCAAACCAGAGCUACUGACGCUGUUCAGCAUUCUGGAGGGAGAGUUAGAAGCGAGGGAUCUUGUCAUAGAAGCCUUAAAGGCCCAGCACAGAGACACCUUCAUUGAAGAGCGCUAUGGGAAGUACAACAUCAGUGAUCCAUUAAUGGCUUUGCAGAGAGAUUUUGAAGCCCUGAAAGAGGCGAAUCAUGGUGAAAAGCAGCCAGUAUGCUCCAAUCCCUUAUCCAUCCUGAAGGUGGUGAUGAAACAUUGCAAGAAUAUGCAGGAAAGAAUGUUAUCCCAACUAGCUGCUGCAGAAAGCAGGCACAGAAAGGUGAUCCUGGACCUGGAGGAGGAGAGGCAGCGGCAUGCCCAGGACACAGCAGAGGGGGAUGAUGUCACCUACAUGCUGGAGAAGGAGCGGGAGCGGCUCACCCAGCAGCUGGAGUUUGAAAAAUCCCAGGUGAAAAAGUUUGAGAAAGAGCAGAAGAAGCUCUCGAGCCAGUUGGAGGAGGAGAGGGCACGCCACAAGCAGCUGUCCUCCAUGCUUGUUGUAGAGUGCAAGAAAGCCACUGCCAAAGCAGCAGAAGAGAGUCAGAAGACGGCAGAACUGAGCUUGAAAUUGGAAAAAGAGAAGAGUAAGGUGAGUAAGCUGGAGGAGGAGCUGGCAUCCAAGAGGAAGCGGGGCUUACAGAUGGAAGCACAAGUAGAAAAGCAGCUCUCGGAGUUUGACAUUGAAAGAGAACAGCUGAAAGCCAAGCUGAACAGAGAGGAGAACCGUACAAAAGCGCUGAAAGAAGAAGUGGAAUCUCUGAAGAAAGCCCUGAAAGAGCUGGAGGCCGCUUGCCAGGAGCACGGUCCUACUGAGCCUUUGCAGCCAAGUCUCUCUGUGAUGUCCAGAGGCGUUGCUACUGACAGUCCUGCCGUCAAGUCUGCGUCGUGCCAGACGGAGUUUCCACAAGCAGACCGAGCAAAUCCUGCUGGUGCAAGCAAAGCUGUGCACGCUGCGUUUCCCAGCCCUCCUACACCUACUCAUUCCUAUGCGAAAUCCAACGGUCACUGUGAUACAGACGUGCAGACGGGUGGUGAGCUGCUGCAGCCGAAUGCCGCGGAGAGCCAAGCGCAGAAGGAGAAACCCACCGGUGCAGCGCCAGAGAACACAGUUGAGAAUGGAAGUUCUCCCAUCAGAACGGAGUCACCGGUGCAUCUGCUGUCCCAGCUCCCUCCCAGCGGGGUAUCCCUGUCUCCCAGCAGCACGGCUGCCUCCUCCCUCACACCUUCCCCGUGCUCCUCCCCCGUUCUGAGCAAACGCUUGGUGGGAGCUCCCGCAGGCAGCCCCGGUUACCAGUCCUCCUACCAGGUGGGGAUCAAUCAGCGCUUCCACGCAGCUCGGCACAAGUUUCAGUCUCAAGCUGAACAGGACCAUCAGUGCAGCGGCCUGCAGAGCCCACCAGCGAGGGAUCUCUCUCCUACUCUAGCAGAUAACUCUGCUGCCAAGCAGUUAGCGCGCAACACGGUCACUCAGGUCCUGUCCAGAUUUACCAGCCAGCAGGGACCCAUUAAGCCCGUCUCCCCUAACAGCUCACCUUUUGGCACGGACUAUCGAAAUCUGGCGAAUGCUGUGAGCCCUAAGAGUGAAUCUGGUCAUUCUCCAAGCCCCGGCAAGGUUUCCAGCCCUCUCAGCCCGUUGUCUCCUGGGAUUAAGUCACCAACCAUCCCUCGAGCGGAAAGAGGGAACCCUCCACCCAUUCCUCCAAAGAAACCUGGCCUGGCUCAGUCGCCCGCUGCUCCAACUCCGCUCACCAAAGCCUCCUCUCAGCCGUCCUCCCUGGGUGCCCCCAUGGACGUGGCGAGCAGUUGCUCCAACAACGCCGUGGUGUCCAAUGGCAAAGACAUUGAGAUCCUCCUGCCAACCAGCAGCUAGUCUCCAGCAGAUGUGAAUGUGACAUUCCGUGGCUUAGCAUGCUCGAGCUGAGGCACUGUUUUUUCCACUCCGUGUUAUUUAUUUCCAUAGUAGCAGAACCUGUCUGUAUAAAGCAUUUAGUAUAUAUAUAUUUUUUUCUUUUUUAAUAGGUAGGAAAAUAUUUUUGUUUAUGAAGAAACCUUAACUACAGCUAUAUACAGUAGCCUCAACGUGUCUCAUGGCAACAGUCGAAUCAAUAACAAGAACCUUAACCCUGCACUGGAUCUUACCUAUCAAGCUAAAACGGGACUGAAAUGCUACUUAGAGACUAAGCAGAAAUAGCUUCUGCAGACUUUUUACUCCAGAUGAACAUUGUAUAAAAAGAAAAAAGUGCCUGAACUUAAGCCUGCAUUCCAAUAUAUGAAUGUGAUCCUUUGGAAAAGGUGAGGAUGGGGACCAUCUAGCUGCAGGAUCAAACCCUUCUGUGAGUCAUGAAUGUUUAGGAUGACACUGUUUUUGAUUCUUUGCAUUUGCUGCAGUUAAGUUAGCAAAUGUCUUAUGGAUUCUGUAAGGUGAGCACCAAACUGCUGCGGCAGCCACAGCCACACUGCAUCCCUCAGGACAGAGCUCCUGGGGGCUCUGGGAAGCAACGCAGGUUUCCUGGGCUAGAACUGAGCAAUACAACCCACUUUCCUUCCUGUAUGGUGAGGGUGGCGAGGUGCUGGAACACGUUCCCCAUAGAGCUGUGGGUGCCCCAUCCCUGGAGGCACUGCAGCUCAGGUUGGCUGCCCUGUUGAUGUGCUGGGGGGGCACCCAGCCCAGCAUAGGGGUUGGCACCGGGUGGUCCUUAAGGACCCCUCCAACCUCUGAGCCAUUCUAUGAUUCUGCAUUCACUGUCCAAGCAGGUUUUUUUUUUGCUUUCCUGUAGCACAUCCCGCGUGCUUUGAUGGCUGAACUCCAGGUUCUGGUGUGUCCCUUUUGAUUUCCACUUUCUUUAAGCAUCCUACUGUUGUGUGUAGAACUUCUGAGAAAAGGAUCUUGCUGUCACUUGAUCAAGGUCUUGCUAUUACUUGAAAACAAGAGAACCAAAACACCAGUCCAUAUGAUAGAGGGGUUGUGUGGGUUUUUUUUUUUUGCAACGUGGGAUCUUCUGCUCUACACAAAAGCAAUAAUUUUGUUCAUCAUUUGCACCCAUGGCGUCCAGCUGACCUGGAUCUCAGGCAGGACUUAGCUGUGGGCUUUUUGGCUUUCAUUGGCUGCUGCAAAUAGGGAACCAAAUAAUUGCUGUCCCACGUGUAGGUAGUCUCACACACUCGCCUAUUAAGUACACAGUGCAUUAUCAAAGUCUAUUCUUGAGCCUUUCCUGGAUAAAAAGAGAGCGUGGGAAUUCACUGAGAUGCAAAAUCAUUUAGAGCAGAGGGAAUGGGUGAAGUUUGAGGCAAAUCCUUUGCAAGAAAAGCAGCCUGGGCCCAAAUGGGGCAGAGCAGCUGCUUCUGUGCGGGACGUGCAGCCCUCACUGUGAUGCUCUGCCCUCACUCUGCAUGCAGUGCUUGGCUCCGUGCAGUGAGCAGUGCCCGCGGGUGAUGCUGGGCGGUGGAGGCAGAGAGCAAAACCCUGAGUUAAUUUCUCAGCUGUUGCUUAUGAGCUGAACCUGCACUCAGAAGCAUCCAGCGCUCCCUCCCCCAGCAGCACCAGGUUGCCUACAGCCGGAGAUGCUUUCUCCUUCAGCCUCGUUAAAUAUUUAAUUAAACAAAACGUGUCCCACUUUGCCAUAGGAGAAACACCCGCGGCAGCCGGGAGGAUGCACUGCUGUACCUUAAUGGGUUCCCUCGAGCUUCGGGUCUCCCUUUGUAGUACUUCAGAGCCCUGUGCUGCUUUGAAGUGGCUGUUACCCGCGGUGACCCCACUGUCCUCCCUGCACAGACAUUCAGGUCCAUACCCACCUAUCAGCAGCCUUCAAGUCGUGCUGUUGUGUGCCAUGGUUCCUAACCCCUGGGAGCAGCAGCAGCCCUUUGGGAAGCACAUUUACUGCUCUUUUUAAGUACUCAUAGCAGAUUUGGUUUCUCCUCUUGGUGAGUGUAAUUCCAGAGAUGGAUGGGCAGAUGGAUUCAGGCCCACGUGUGGCUUUUGAUCCAAAAGCAAGGCUUUGUAUACACUGCUUUAACACGUUCCUUUGCUUUUACGUUGAUGUAAAUUGUAUUAUCCCCCCUCCUUAUAGCUCUAGAGAGAGACUAUGAUGAACUUUAUUAGGAAAUGCACUGAGUACUGUUUCUUCUAAAAUAUACUAUGGGAAGGGGCAUGCAGAAGAAUGUAUUUUUGCUAGCAGCCCAUCUUUGGGGGGGAAUUAAGCACAAAGGUGGCAGUGGCUCCAAUUAACUCAGUGAGGAGCUCAAAGAUAGAGCUGUCCAUGUAGAUUCCGUGUGAAAGCAGCUGAAUAUCACUCCUGGAACUCCCACCUGUCACAAGCAAGAGUUGUCACUGGAGAAUGGAGUAUAAUGAAGUGCAAAGACGUGUACUCUGGUAUUAAUCCAUUAACACUUGUACAUUUGUAAAGCCAAACGUACCGAGCUGAAGUCUUUAAUCAUUUUUAUAGCUGACGGCAUUAAACGUGUUAAACAUUCGUAUGAUCAAUAAAGGAUUUUAUUUUUAA